AUGAAUGGCAUUGCGUCCAAAACGAGAAAUCCUCGAGGGAACGCGGUCACGCCAAACGGCGGCCCGACCGCUGCGAGCACGAAGAAGGCCAAGGUGGCGAUUCCAGGCAUGCACCGGUCUGCGAGCAAGCAUCGCGUUGUCAACAUGCAAGCGUACGACAAAGAGUACUUUGACCACAACUUGGCGCCGGGUCGCAAGUCGAGCAUCGCUGGGAAGCCCCGCCAGAGCUUGAAAACGAUCAAGGACUCGAAAUUUACCAAAUCGUAUCGUCAGGUCAAGCACAAAGCGCAGGACGCCAAGACGUAUGUGAUCGACCCGAAAGAGUCCAACAGCGUCAAGUGGGAUAUUUACAUGGGCGUCUUGAUCGCGUACAGCGGCGUGACGGUGCCGCUCGUGGUGUGCUUCCCCGGAUUUCAGAGCCAAUCCGACUGGGCCGUCAUCAGCACGUUCGUCGACGUAUGCUUUGGCAUCGACAUUGUCCGCAACUUUCUCGUCGGAUACCAUGACGAGCGCGACGAGCUCGUGAUGAAUCACGUCCAGAUUGCGAAAAAGUACAUGCGCACGUGGUUUGUCCUCGACUUGGUCUCGACCGUCCCCAUCGAAAGCGUCAUCACGCUGUUCGACCCCCAAGCCAAUGUGUCGCAUACGUACGCGUCGAUUCAACUCUUUCGCAUCUUGCGCGUCACGCGGAUUGUCAAACUCGCGCGCCUCGCCAAGCUCAAAACGUUCUUCGCCAAGGCCGAAGAAACCUUUGGCCUCAACGCGGGCGUCGUCCGCCUCGUCCGACUGAUCCUGCUCGUCCUGUUUGUGUCGCACUUGCUCGCAUGCUUCUUUCAUCUCCUUGGUCAGCCCAACGACCCACCAAGCCACGAUUCGUACGACAACAUGCCAGACUCAUGGAUGUGCACGGCGGACGAUCCGAAGCGGUGUCUUCGCGGCGAGAGCGACUCGGUGCGGUACUUGUACAGUUUGUACUGGGUCAUCACGACGUUGACGGGUGUUGGGUUUGGCGACGUCGUCAUCGUCACGCCGUUUGAAAAGCUGUACGCGAUCUUUGCCAUGAUCAUCGGUGCAUCUGUGUUUGGUUUUGUCAUUGGAAACAUCUCGACGCUCCUCGAGAGCAUGGACAAGCGCGCCGCGAUGUACCAAAUGAAGAUGAUGCUGGUCAAGGACUACAUCCGCACGCGCAACUUGCCCAUGGACCUGCGCUUCAAACUUCGACGGUACUUUGAGCACUAUUUAUCCCGGGCAUCGCUCUUUGACGAGUCGUCUAUCCUCGGUGAGAUUUCGCUGAGCCUCCGCAACGAGAUCGUGCAUGAAACGUGCAAAGAUAUUUUUCAAAUUCCAGCGUUCGCCUUGAUCAAUCCGCAGUUUGUGAUGGACAUGGCAAUAUGUAUCAAGCCGCUCUUCUUGCUCGCCGACUCCAUUAUUGCCAAAGAGCACACGGUGGGCCGGGAAAUGUACUUUUUGAAUUCCGGCGUCGUCGCCAUGUACAACAGCAGCUUAAACGGGAAGAAGGUCCUGCUCGAAGUCAUGAGUGAAAACGCGUACUUUGGCGAAGCCUCCCUCUUGUACUUUGCGCUGCGUGAAAACACAUUCCAGUGCAUCACGAAUUGCGAUAUGUACUCGCUCCUCAAGGAAGAUUUUGACGUGCUCGUCGAGGAAUACCCUGAGACGGAGGGAAUCCUGAUCGAGUUUUACGAGCAGCGCAAGCACUUGUACCAAGAAACGCUCAAUAUGACGAUGGAGCGAUACUCGUACUACGAAAAGAUCAAAGACGACGAGUACAAAAUGGCCAAAUUCGAAGACUUGUGCCCACACAUCAAGGUGUGCUACAAUGGCAAACUGGCCGCGAUCGAGCAGCUCCCGAUGGACAUUUUGAAGAACAUCGACUUCAACAUUGCGCCCAAGGUGUCGCUGUUCAACUCAUCGCUGGCGAAAAAAGUGAUCGUGGAUGGCAUCAAGGAUCAAGAUUUGACGUCCAAGUCCGUCACUGCCCGCCUCUGCCAAAUCAUUGACCCGAACAACGUCAAGAAGCUCCAGUGGGACGUGUGGCUCGGGCUCCUCAUUCUGUACAACGUGAUCAGCAUCCCAAUCCAAGUCGCGUUUCAAAGCAAUGUCGCCAUCGAAGUUCAAACGACCGCCGACCUCAUCAAAGCCGACUUUGACGUGGUUGUUGACGUCUUCUUCGCCCUCGACAUCCUGCUCACGUUUCGAACGGCCGUGUUCGACGAGUCGGGCAACGUCGUGACCGCGCCGCGCCGCAUUGCGGCGCAGUACCUGCGCCUUUGGUUCUGGGUCGACUUUAUCUCGACCUUUCCCAUCGGGUACUUUGUCAACAAGUACGUUCUCACGGACGACCCGGCAUCCCUCGCAACGUACCAGAACUUGAAACUUAUCCGCUUCGCGCGCCUGACGCGAUUGCUCAAGCUCGCUCGCCUUCUCAAGUUUAACAAAAACUUUACCAGCGUCGAAGACGUGAUCGACCUCAGUCCGGCCGCGUCGCGCGUGUUGAUGCUGUUCCUGCAGGUGUGCAUGAUUGCCCACAUGUCAAGCUGCGCAUUCUUCUUUGUCGGGGUCACGUCCGAAGACUUGUAUGAUGGUGCAAGCUGGAUCCAGCAACAAAAUCUCGGCAACAGCUCGCUCGGGGAAAAAUACAUUACGUCGCUAUACUUUGCAUUCACGACCAUGGCGACGGUCGGGUACGGCGACAUUUUGCCGACGACCCAUGUUGAGGUCGUCUACGUGACGUUCUACAUGUUGGUGGGGGCGUCCGUGUUUGGGUACAUCAUCGGGUCCAUGAGCAGCCUCGUCGACCAGAUGCAGACCAAGACGACGUUAGCCAAGGAAAAGAUGGAUCGCGUCAAGGACUACAUGAAAGAACGCAAGUUGCCCAAGCCGCUGUGCGUGCGCAUUCGGCGGUAUUUUGACUUUUACAUGAACCACAAGGAAGUGUCGAACGAGAGCGCGUUCCUGGAAGACCUGUCGGACGACUUGCGCACGCAGCUCGUCCUGCACUUAAACCGAGAUGUCGUGAGCAAGAUCUCGUUCUUUUCCCACCAAGACGACGCGUGCAUUUCGUACCUCAUGGGUAUCUUGUACCAAGAGUGCUGUACGCCAGGCGAAUACGUCUUUUACGAGGGCGAGUACGGUCGGCACAUGUACUUUUUGGUCAAGGGAACCGUCGAAGUCGUCAUUGGCGCCGGCACAUCCAAAGAAAUCACGUGCAAAGUGCUGACGGAAGGCGCGUUCUUCGGCGAGCUUGCCAUGCUGCUCAGCUCGAAACGGUGUGCGAGUGUCCGGGCCAAGUCGUUUGGGAUCUUGUACGUCCUCAGUCGCAACGGAAUGGAUCGAAUUCGAACGCAUUAUCCAGAAAUCUCGAGCCAGAUUACACGGGAGAUUCGAACCAAGCUGCAAAAGAUUAAAGUCGACACGAUGUCCCAACCCGAUGCAGGCACCCUCGUGAGCCACCUUCCUCUCGAAGAAACCUUUGCCGUCGAGAUGGAAAAACCGAUCGAGGAAGCGUUCGCAUUGAUUGACCAAGUUUUGACCAAGCUCAUGGUGUUUUACGGUGGCGGCGAAAAGGGGAAGCGUCGAUCUGUCGCGUGCGUUGUCCAGCACUUGAAGAAGUUUGACUUCAACUCGCACACACACGAUGGCACGGACACGGGUGGUGGCCAUCGAAAGCAAGGCCUAAACCGGCAAAGCAUGGCGGAGCGAUACAUCUCGGGCGACCCCAAGAUUGCGCUGUCGAAAGCAAGCAAAAAGAUCGCCAUCAUGAACAAGUUUUUGACGUCCAUGGGCGCGGGCAAGAUUGGGCGAUUCGCAUCUUUAUCCAAGCGAGACACCGACAACGAGUCAGUUCGGGAGAAAAAAGGCCCAAAGAUCGACGACGCAGACAAAGUACCCCCGCCACAGUACACGGAGCUCGACCACCAGUUCCUGAAGCGAGACCCGACCGAGGGGCUCCUGCCCGUUUCGCUUCCGCCAACAGUCUCAGACAUUUGA